AAACGCGGCAAAGACACUCCCAAGUUCGAACCCGGCACACCCCAAGGCCCAGUAAACUAUCCUCCUUACGAGACCUGCGCCGAAUUCUAUGAGGAGCAUUGCAUCUACCCCCAGGGCAAGCUCAUGGACUAUGCACAUACCUAUCUAUACCGCAGCGACAAGAGGGAGUUCAAUGACAAAACAGGACGUGAUGACUUCAGAGUCUUCGCGUAUCAGUUUUUAUGGCGUGGUGUGGCUCGUUACGUGUUAUGGGACUACAUCAGUGGGCGUAUUCGCGUGACACACCUCUUCAAGUGCAACAAUCUCGCAAAGACGGCUCCCAAAAAAUUCCUCGACGCGAACCCCGGCCUCAAGGACCUUUCCUACAACAUCACCGGCGGAACCCUCGCCACCCAAGGAUAUUGGAUGCCCUUCGAAUGCGUCAAAGCC